ACCCACCUUGUUUCCCGCACAUAAUCCUACCCCACACACUACGACAAAAUUACAUUAAUCAAACCCUAAUAAGCAUAUUCCCCAUCACUUAUCACCACCUCCUUUUAUUAUUCUUUCUCUUCCUUCUUCACUCACACAACUUACAAUAACCUUCCACCUCUUCCCAUCACUCACUACCUAGCUGGCUACCUCACAAUUAAUUCAUCUUCUUCCUAACUACUUCUAAAUAUUUUCUCACUAUAUAGAUCUCAUAAUCAAUUAUAACUAACUUUCACACACUUAUAUAUAUAUAUCUAGGUUUUUUGAGAUUUCUUUUUACCGGUUCAGUUUAUGGCGAACCGGUGGUGGACCGGACCGAUUGGUCUAGGCGGGAUGGACAACUCGGUGAACCCAUCAUCCCCACUCAUAAAACCGGAUCUGGGAUUCUCCAUGAAUAACGAAAGUGCAAUUACAGGUUUAAACAACAACAACAACAACAACGAUGAAGAUCAAGAUGAGAAAGAAAACAGCGACGAACCAAAAGGAGGAGCAAUCGAUCAAACAAACACAAACUCCUCCACGCGCCGCCCAAGAGGCCGUCCAUCAGGUUCAAAAAACAAACCUAAACCACCUAUAUUCAUAACAAGAGACAGCCCUAACGCGCUUCGAAGCCACGUCAUGGAAGUAUCUACUGGAUCCGACAUCUCCGAUUGCAUCCUUCAGUUCGCUAGAAAAAGACAGAGAGGUAUUUGCAUUCUCAGCGCAACUGGAACUGUUCUUAAUGUUUCACUCCGCCAGCCUACCACUCCCGGAGCUGUCGUUGUUCUUUCCGGUAGGUUCGAUAUUUUGUCCUUGACUGGUUCGGUGCUUCCCGGACCCUCGCCGCCUGGUGCUACUGGUUUGACUAUUUACCUUUCUGGAGGUCAAGGACAGGUGGUUGGAGGUGGUGUGGUUGGCUCGCUUGUGGCUGCCGGACCUGUUAUGUUAAUGGCGGCUACGUUUUCGAAUGCAACAUAUGAGAGGUUGCCGGUGGAAGAGAAUGGUGAAGGUGAUGAUCAGGAAGGGCAGGGAGAUGGUGGUGGUGGCGGUGAGUCUUCGCCGGUGGGGAUGGGACAAGCGCAGGGUGGAUCGGGCGGAGAAGGUUCUUCGGUGUAUAAUAAUGUUAGUAGUAAUUUGGGAGUUCAAAAUGGACAACAACAAAUGUUGAAUCAUGAUGCUUAUAAUUCUCCUUGGGCUCAUGGUCAUGGUAGAACACCUUACUAAUUUUGUUGUUACUUCAAUAGUUUCAUUGCACUCUACAAUUGUUGCCAGGGGUAAUAUUACAAAUUUUUAAAAUCAUAGUUACACUACUAUGUGCUAUGAUAACAAAGGUGAAUCAAGUUUUAUUUUCUUUUAAUUAUGUAUUUAUUUUUUCUAAGUUAAUUAAUUAGAUUAUGUGAGAGACUGGAUUGAAUUGCAUUAUGAUCUGUAUAUAUGUUUAUUAUCACCUUCUUGAC